AUGUGAUGAUCAGAUGGGAUGGGAGACACUUUUCACUCAUCCAAUGCUCCUCUUUGGUUAUAAAUAUAGAGAGUUACUUUCACUCUUGCUCACAUUUGUUGGAGCUCUUGGUGAAGUGAGACUUGGAGUUUUAGAAGGAGGCUUUCAAGAGGUAGGAUUGGCCUUCCAUUUAGUUGGGUGUGUGGGCAGGCGCCAGGGAGAGUUGAUCAAGUUCUUCGAAUUGCGGAGGAGGAGCGCUAUUGGAACGUUCUAUUGUCUGAUUCUUCUCUUCGAGACAGCACUUUGUGGGAUCACGUUCCCCGUCAACCCGAAGAUCGAUUCAUGGCCCAAUCUUCUUUCACUCUUCCUCUGGCUGGUGACGGUGCUAUGGAACGUUUACGCUCACGCAAACAGAAGACUAGGACGACUCCUAGUGUUGAGAAGGAGGCUGUUACUACUGCUGCUCCUUCUUGUCCUUCUGCGAGGGCUCAGAAGAAGAAUAACAAGAGACCGUCUCCGGUUGAGUCGACCGAUUGGUUGAGUAAUACAGUUGAUCUUUCUUUUCCAUCUUCAGCGGCUGCACAUUCUGAGUUUGGCCUACACCUU